GCUAUGUGGCACGGCCCUUACGGGCAUGGCUUGAAUGCGUGUUAGUCCCACUUAGGAUCUACGCUUCGCUCAGAUUAUAUUCGGACAUCUACGUGACUCCGUCAGAACUAAAGUCUAAUUCUGGCUGUUUAUAACGUGUAGAUAGUAGAAAUCUAACAUAAAUGCGUCUUUCUUCCGCCCAUUACACUGUUCAUCAUUAUCAUCUUCAACUUACUGUCUCUACAGCUUCAUCAGCAUUUACAUCUUUAAAAGCUUCUACGACUUCUACAAUAUGCAGUUCUCUUAUAUCUCUAUCUCGGCACUUGUUGCAACAGCCCUGUCGAUGCCUACGGAGAUGCCCCUUGAGCGCCGCGGUGGUAGUAUGACCCAUAGAUUCUGUGGUAGAACCGAUUGCAGAACCCAAGUGGGGCCUACCAGGACUUUAGGUGCAGACAAGUGCAUCAAGUUAUCAGAUUCCGAUCACGGCAUCCAGGUGAAGACUAUGAGCAAGGGGUGUGAACUAUCGCUAUAUACGAAUAGGGACCAUUGCGAUGAAAAGCCCCUCAAAUCCUUAACCACGAGCCCCGGAAAUGUGUCGCUUCAGGGCGUCUACCGCAUCAGGCUCGAAUGUUAA